ACUCAUCUUUCACCAAUCCACUCCACAGCCCCCGGAACCAGACCCACCCUGCAUACCUCCCCUCCUUCAUCAUCAUCUUCUUCUUCUUCUCCUCGCACAUCCAUCGUCCAUGGGCUCCCUGGGAAGCAGCGACGUCGAGAAGAGACUGGCGGUGGAGAGCGUGAACACGGAGGCGGCAUGCGCACUGCUGGCGUCGUCGGAGCAAUACGGGUACGUGGAUGUGCGUAUGUGGGAGGACUUCGACCGGGGCCAUGUCGCCGGUGCGCGCAACGUGCCCUACUACCUCUCCGUCAACCCCCACGGCAAGGAGCGCAACCUGGACUUCGUGGACCAGGUCGCCGCGCUCCACUCUAAACAGGACCGGCUCCUCGUCGGCUGCCGCUCCGGGGUGCGGUCCAGGCUCGCCACCGCCGACCUCGUCGCCGCCGGGUUCACGAAGGUGAAGAACCUGGAGGGUGGCUACCUCUCCUUGCUCAAGAGCGUCAGUUACCCGCAGCUGGCAGCAGCAGCCAGCCUUCACUAAUACAGCCGGCAUAACUUUCCUUUGUUUUCUAAGGCUCUCAGGAACAAGUUAAUUGGCAAUCUGUUAUUGAUGAUGUAUAGAGGAAAUUUCCAAGGAAAAGAAGGCAUUUUGUAUGUACUAUAAAACUAUAUAUGCAUCUUGGACUUCGAUUUGGCCCUAA